UUCUGUUGACCACGUGUUGGACGCUCUGAAAUAACUUACAUUUUUUUUUUAAUUGCUCAGCAAAAAUGGAGUGUUUUUUAUGCAGUGUAUUGUGUGAUAACCCUCGCUUUAGAGAGAAACGCGAAGAGAUCAAGAAAUUUUCUCAAGAAAUUUUGCUUUCUUGUCGAACUUUUUUGUCUGCUCGAAAGCAUCAUAAACAUGAAUAUAGUAAUGUCGUAUUACAAAUUAAAAGAACGGUAUUCAUCAGCAAUGUAUGGUGUAAUGCACACAUGCGAUGCCCCACAGAUAAAGUACCUGAAAAUUAUGGAUGGACAAUAAUUGAUGGUAAAUACGAGUAUUAUUGGUUUGAUGGUCCUCAAAGCCCAUCCUUUGAAGAAUUAUCUUCUCAAUUGCAAGAUUUAGAUACCACGGAAGAUCAGAAUGAAGAAGAUACUGAUGAAGAUGAGGAGAGUGAUGCCAGUAGUGAGGAUGAAUGUUUUUCUGAUGAGUCAGAUGAAAAUUAAUUACUUUUUUAUAUAAAAAUAUCUACUUUUUCAUGUAUGUUACAUAAUAAAGUUGAUUUAUUUCAAUAAAUAUAUUUUCACUUUACCUCAUGUUGCACAUAGGAAAAAGGAAAAUUACGAUUAUUGUAGGACUACGGAUGCAUACCAGUUUUUUUGUAGGACAUUGUUUUAUUCGGAUAAAAAACACACUAAUGUAUCACGUGAUACUUUUGUCCUACAGUUACUAAU